CUGGAUAGAGAAGCGGAGCGCGCUGAACGUGAUUGAACGUGAUCAGAACGUUUCUAGAUACGCAGAGACAGCCUCUAUAACAUACAAAAGAGGGAUUAAGCAAGUGUUUUAUGCUACUUUAAAAACGAGCGCCUUCAAGUGCGUCCGGCAAAACAUACCGGUCGGGAUUAACUUGGAGAAUGUAAAGGACGCCACAGAGAACAAGUGUGAGCGUGCGGAUUGUGGGCAGCACGAAAUGUCCCACGAAACAGGCACGAGAUUUGUUGCCGGUCAUUAAAUCACUUGCAAUUGUUUUAGUUGUUCAAGUUUAGUGCAUUCUUCGCACUGACGCAUCAGUUUGAUCCGCCAUUCCGUUUAGCUCUAAUUGCGCAUUUUGACAUGUGGAGACUGCAAGGACCGUGUCGUUUGGGGAUGUUGUGUUUGACUUUGUCAGCCCUUCUCAUCCAACGGAUCAGCUGUCAUCCCGCCUUACGAGUGGAAGCGGAGGAUCAUGGGAGCUCAGCCACUCAAAGGGAGCGGAGGGCGGCCGGGGAACCCUAUUGGGCAUAUUCAGGGACCUAUGGACCUCGGAGAUGGGCCUCUGCUUAUCCAGAGUGCGGUGAAAAGAAUCAGUCCCCAGUGGAUAUCCUUGAUCAAGAUUCCCAGUUCUCUCAGGAGUGCCAAGAACUCACACUAGAUGGCUUUGAAACCAAGUCGUCAAACAGAACCACCAUGAAGAACACAGGAAAAACAGUGUCUAUUAUUCUGAGGAAUGAUUACUUUGUGAGAGGGGCUGGUCUACCCGGACGCUUUAAAGCAGAGAAGGUGGAGUUUCACUGGGGCAGCACCAAUGGCUCCGCUGGUUCUGAACACAGUAUCAAUGGCAAAAGGUUUCCAGUAGAGAUGCAGAUUUAUUUCUACAAUUCUGAUGACUUUGACAGUCUGAGCAUGGCGAUAAAGGAGAGACGGAUCAUUGCCGCCAUGGCUGUCUUCUUUCAGGUGGGGAAGAAAGACAAUUUGGCAGCUGAGCCCAUCAUCACAGGUCUCAAACGAGUAGUCCAUCAUGAGAAGGAGACAAGCCUUGGUCCAUUUAUACUGAGAGAUCUACUGCCGUCAUCCUUGGAUAGUUACUACCGUUACACUGGCUCCCUCACAACACCACCAUGCAGUAAGGUAGUGGAGUGGAUCAUCUUCAGUCAGCCUGUUUACCUGUCUUACCACCAGUUGGAGGCCUUUUACUCCAUCUUCACCACAGAGCAGCAGGAUCAUGUGAAGUCUGUGGAUUACCUGAGGAAUAACCAUCGGCCCACUCAAGACCUUGAUAGCCGGAAGAUCUUUAAAUCAGCUGUGAUGGAUGCUUGGCUCCCAGACUUCAUGACUGACAGUAUGGCCAGUGCUGCAGAAACAGAAACCAACAGAGUUUGUAGUAGCGUCCCUGGCAACAUGAAGGUCCAUCCGCUGAACCGAACGGCCCUUGUGUUGACCUGGGAUCGUCCGUCAAUGAUCUACCACCCGCCUAUAGUGGGCUUCCUGGUCUCCUACAGCUGGGUGAAGGAUGAAAUGCCUUUUGAGAAGACCUUCACGCAGAGCAGUGAACACAGCACGAGGGCAGUCAUCACUCUUGUGUCUCCAGAUGUCCUGUAUCUGUUCAGAGUGCAAGCAGUAUGUCAAAGAGACCAGCGCAGUGACUUUAGCCAAACACUUUUACUCAGAGCAAACACCACAAGGAUAUUCGAGGGAACAAGAAUUGUGAAAACUGGAAUGCCCACCAUUUCCCCCGCCUCCUCUGCAGACAUGGCCCCUAUAAGCUCAGGCUCUUCCACCUGGACGUCCGCUGGCCUCCCUUUUUCUUUCGUCUCCAUGGCUACGGGAAUGGGGCCUCCAUCCAGUGGUGGGCAAGCCACUGUAGCAUCUGUGGUGACCAGCACUCUGUUGGCAGGGCUGGGUUUCAGCGGCAGUGUGAUUUCCUCCCUCCCGGGUUCGCUUUGGCCCACCCACUCUACAAACUCGGGCCCAACACCCACCCAACAACCAGCCGCUCUUACUGCAGAAACCUUCCCUUCUGAGAACAACAUCCUCAACGCUGAAGAUACAACAGAAGGAAAUAAUAAUGAGGAAGAAGGAAGUGAAAGAGGUGAGGAGGAGGAUGAAGAGGAGGAAGAAAAAGAGGAACAGGAGGAAGAGGAAAAGAAAAAAAAGGAUAAAGACAUCAAGGACAAACAGCAGGAGAAUAUGGUGCCUCAAAAACCAACGGCCCCCGUACCAACUUCAACAUACUGGGAGAAAGGACGAGAGAGGGCAGAUGUUAACAAUGAGAAUGCCAUACUGGACCCUAGGAUAGUGGAAGAGCUUUUAUCUGGUGCCACAGAAAAGACUUCUGGGGAGGAUUCAUCAAAACCAACAUGGUUGGAAGAUGACAACACUGCAGACAUGCAACUUCCUGACAGCUCAACAGAAUCAACCAAACUAACCAAUGAGGAGAGAGCUCACUGGCCAUACUACAUUCACACUGAGAGGAAUAGCAUCUCCACUGUUACCUCAUCCAGCAGAAUGGAGUGGAUCAUCCCUCUGAUGGUGGUCUCUGCUCUCACACUCCUCUGUCUGAUUAUGCUGUUGGCUGUUCUGGUCAACUGGAGGAUGAAUAGCCUCUGCUCUUUGCUCUGCAUUCAGUACAGGAGAUUCUUCCAGACUGCACAUUUCUACAUCGAAGACAGGAACUCCCCAAGAGUGAGCCGCCAUGAUAAUUUUCCCAUCCUCUCUGCAGCAGAUGACCUGGAGGCUGUCCCAGUCAGGCAGUUCAUCAAACACAUCAUGCAGCUGUACUCCAACAACCAACAUGGCUUCUCUCAGGAGUUCGAUGAGGUUCAGUGCUGCACAUCUGACAUGAAGAUCACAGCUGAACAUUCAAAUCACCCAGACAACAAGCACAAAAACAGAUACAUCAACAUUGUUGCCUAUGAUCACAGUAGAGUAAAGCUACAGCAGCUAUCUGGGAAAGACUCCAAACACACAGACUACAUCAAUGCCAACUAUGUAGACGGUUAUAAGAGAUCCAGGGCUUAUAUAGCUGCUCAGGGCCCUCUAAAGUCCACCUUUGAGGACUUCUGGAGAAUGAUUUGGGAACAGAACAGCAGUGUGAUUGUCAUGAUCACCAACCUGGUGGAGAAAGGCAGGAGGAAAUGUGAUCAGUAUUGGCCAUCGGAGAACAGUGAAGUAUAUGGAAGCAUAAUGGUGACUCUGAAAAAUACUAAAGUUUAUGCAUACUACACGCUGCGCCAAUUCAUCAUACGCAACACCAAAGUUAAGAAGGGUCCGAAAGGGAGGCAGUAUGAACGACUGGUGGCCCAAUAUCACUACACUCAGUGGCCAGACAUGGGCGUACCAGAGUAUACACUACCAGUCCUCAAAUUCAUCUCUCGAUCUUCGGCAGCGUGCACGCCAGGCAAAGGCCCCAUCGUAGUGCACUGCAGUGCUGGGGUGGGAAGAACAGGCACAUAUAUAGUCAUAGACAGCAUGCUUCAGCAGAUAAAGGACAAAGGCACCGUUAAUGUUCUGGGAUUCCUCAAGCACAUCCGAGCCCAGCGGAACUACCUGGUCCAGACUGAGGAGCAGUUUAUCUUUAUCCAUGAUGCAUUAAUGGAAGCUGUGAUCAGUAAAGACACCGAGGUGCUUGCCUGGCAACUCCACAGUUAUGUCAACAGCAUCCUCACCCAGAGCCCCACGGGACAAACACGCAUGGGCAAACAGUUUAAGUUGGUGAUGCAAUGCAAUGCAUAUCUCACAGAGUGUGUCAGUGCACAGAAAGUCUGCAACAAAGAGAAGAACCGCACUUCUUCAGUGUUGCCAACGGAGCGAGCUCGAGUGGCAUUAGCUUCUCUCCCAGGGGUAAAAGGAACAGACUACAUCAAUGCCUCCUAUAUUAUGGGCUACUACAAGAGCAAUGAGUUCAUCAUUACUCAGCAUCCUUUGCCCCACACAACCACAGACUUCUGGAGGAUGAUCUGGGAUCAUAAUGCUCAAGUUAUUGUGAUGUUGCCAGACAACCUCGGCCUUACCGAGGAUGAAUUUGUGUACUGGCCCAGCAGAGAGGAGCCCAUGAACUGCGUCGCCUUCACUGUCACCCUCAUUAACACCGACAGACUCUGUUUGUCUAAUGAGGAACAACUCAUCAUCCAUGACUUCAUCCUAGAGGCCACACAGGAUGACUAUGUGCUGGAAGUCCGACAUUUCCAAUGCCCAAAUUGGCCAGAUCCUGAUGCAUCUAUUAGCAGCACAUUUGAGCUCAUCAACAUCAUCAAGGAGGAGGCCAUGACAAGGGAUGGUCCAACCAUCAUACAUGAUGAGUUUGGGGCAGUUUCUGCUGGACUGUUCUGCGCUCUGACGACACUUUCCCAGCAGCUAAAGAAUGAGAGUGCUGUGGAUGUCUACCAAGUGGCCAAGAUGAUUAACCUCAUGAGGCCUGGUGUCUUCACUGAACUUGAGCACUAUCACUACCUUUACAAGGCUAUGCUCAGCCUGGUCAGCAGUAAGGACUUCAGACUUGGCUUCAACUACCUGGAUCAAAUUGGUGGGAUAAUGGUAACUGAAGAAUCCAACCAGGCAGAGAGCAUGGAGUCUUUAGUGUGAAGUUCCCGGAAAACAAGACAGAACAACUAAUUCCUUGAACUUUCUAUGAGGCCUUUUUUUUCCCCAGACUCUUGGUGAAAUGAAAAAAGAAAAACCACACAACAAAAAAUAGCUUUUAUAUACUGAUAAAAAUAAAUUCUUUUGAUAUUUAUUUUUGCUGCUUUUUUGUUAUCCUGCUGAGCAUCACAACCUGCUCUCCAAAAUACAUACACACAGACACAAACCUCACAGGAACAUGCAGCUGUCUACUUUGCACUACACUGUCAGUGUUACUACUUGAUGCCUAGCUGAUUAUUGUUAAUUGUGUUCAAAGCGUUUCUGAUCAGCGACAGCACAUUAACACACACAUCAGCCUCAUACACAUGGACUCUGUACACAAAAAAGCUCCACAUUCAAUUUAAUGCUCAUCAUGAUGCGACUUUUAACCGUCAAGCAUUGUGACUUGUUAGAUUAAUAUGUUCUUUUUUAUUUAUUAAGAUAUGCCAUUUGAUGUCUAACUUAUAUACAUUUAUUUCAGUGUGGUAUCAUAACAGCAACUGUGAACAUAUAUUGUUAUCAGUAGCAUUUCUAUUGUUUUGUAAAAUAUAAAGAUAUUGAUCAAAAUAUGUCUGUUUUCCUUUAUUUCAGUUUAAUGUUUUUAUAGACACUCUAAAACUGAAAAUGCAUAAUAGAUAGAAGUAACUUUGGGGGCAAAAUACUGAAGAGCGAGGGGGAAAAACUACUUUAAAAGUUAAAACAUCACUUUAAAAUAAUAAUUAAAAAAAAAAAGUUACUUUGAAAGUUAGUUAUGGGGUUAUACUUUUUCUUUAAAUGUUAUUUCAAUUUAUGUACAGACACAUGCCUUAAAGGAUUAGUUCACCCAAAAAUGAAAAUUCUUACUAUUUACUUACC